CGCGAGCGAGAUGAAAGUAUUCCUGAUCCUUGCAACUUUCUGCCUCCCAGCCAUUCUGCCCGCUUCCAAAAUCCCGAUGACGAAGCUCCAUUCGCACCUCCUGGACGCGGAUGCCAUGAAGAUGAGCUGGCUGAUUGAUUGGCAGGGCGAGGAGGUCUUCUUCCACGUGCGCAACGCCUUCCGCGGCGAUGACAACUGGUUCUACCUGGGCUUCUCCAAGCGCGGCGACCUCGGCGAGGCCGAUCUGUGUGUGUUCCAGCUGAAGAACAGCCUCUUCAACAUCGCCACGGACGCGUACACGAGCCCAGACAGCCGGACAAUCUUCAAAGACGCCAGCCAAGAUUGUGAAUUGCUAAGGAUUGACGACAACUCGGUGGCUUUCAAGAGGCGCUUCAACACUUGCGAUCCACAGGAUCUUAAGAUGCACGAGGGAACAAUGUACAUCGCUUGGGCGCGCGGCCAGGAUGACUUUGAGCUGCUGGAGUCCAUCGACAUGGACUCACUGCAUCCCGCGGCCAGCGACGUGACGAUGAUGCAACUCCUGCGCGCGGACAAGAUCAACAUCCCCGAGAAGACCGUGGAGCACGUGGAGAUCGCGCUGGACAAGGUGACGAUUCCCAACAGAGAGACAACUUACUGGUGUCUGGUGCAGAAGUUGCCGGAAUUCCUGCGGCAUCGCAAGCAUCACGUCGUCCAGUUCGAGCCCAUCAUCGCCGCCACCAGCCGCCCCUUCGUGCACCACAUGGAAGUGUUCCACUGCGACACGGACGCCAGCCUGGAAAUUCCCUCGUACAACGGAGAUUGCACGGACGCCCCGCCAGAGACGAAGGUGUGCUCCAAGGUGUCGUCUCUGUGGGCCAUGGGCGCCAGCACCUUCACGUACCCGCCGGAGACCGGGCUGCCGAUCGGCGGCCAGGACUACAAUCCCUUCAUGCGCCUCGAGGUGCACUUCAACAACCCAGAUCUCGUGAACGGCACCGUCGACAGCUCCGGGAUGCGCCUGAAGAUCGUGUCGAAGCUGCGGAAGUUCGACGCGGCGGUGAUGGAGCUGGGAUUGGAGUACACGGACAAGAUGGCCAUCCCGCCGGGUCAGGUGGGCUUCCCACUCAGCGGCUACUGCAUCGCCGAGUGCACCAAGGCGGCUCUGCCGCCGCAGGGCAUCACGGUCUUCGGCUCACAGCUGCACACGCACUUGAGAGGCGUGCGAGUGCUCACCAGACACUUCAGGGGCCUCCGAGAACUGCACAACCUCAACCGAGACGACUUCUACUCGCACCACUUCCAGGAGAUCCGCCAGCUGCGCCGGAAGCCCGUGGUGAAGCCGGGCGACGCCCUCGUCACCACGUGCUACUACAACACGCUGGGGUACAGGAACACGACCCUGGGCGGAUUCUCCAUCAGCGACGAGAUGUGCGUGAACUACAUUCACUACUAUCCGGCCACGAAGCUGGAGGUCUGCAAGAGUUCCGUGUCUGAGCGGACACUCUCCGACUACUUCCGCUACAUGCGGAAGCGCGAGCACCAGAAGCUGGACCACCGCGGCGCGCGGUCGGACAACUACCGCGCCAUCCAGUGGACCAAGGCGCGCGUGGACAUCCUGUACACCAUGUACAUGCGCGAGCCGCUGAGCAUGCAGUGCAACCGGUCGGACGGACACCGCUUCGAGGGCUUCGCGUGGGAGGACGCGCCCGUCACGCCCGUGCCCUUCGAGAUCCCGCUGGAGCGCGAGUCCUGCUCCUUCCGCGACUUCUGGACGAAGCCGCUGGCCGAGGGCCAGUGCGACCUGCUCGGCGAGUGCAUCUACUGAGCGCCGCGCCCAAUAAGUACACACAACACUCAUUUUUAACCCCAAUAAAUGCGAUACUGACGUGCCCUCGCUCAAUUCUCGGCUCCUUCGGCCCCCUUUUGGGGCUCUGCACAUGACAAAUUGGCA